CUCUUUUCUCUGUAUCAUAUGUAUAAAUGGGUGGUGAUAUGUAAAUCACAUUUCUAGUAGUUCUCCUCUCCUUGCUCAGAGCAGAAGGCAGUUUCUCUUCAGACUUGAUACAGUCUCGGUUUUGAUCUUGCAAAUCAUCUUCAACAAUGGCACAGAUUGUCCAUGUGGUGGCAGUGUUGGGCCUGUGUCUGCUGGCUGCUGUGGUGAACUCUCAAGAGAACAACCCCCCACCACCUCCUCGUCUCGGACAAGAGAUCUGCACAUACUACACUCAGAGCGGGACCCUCCUUCUGGACGGGCCAAAGGUCUUUGAAAUGAUGCUGAUUGAGUUUGGACGAGCAAUCCAGACCCUGAACCCUAUGGUGACUCAACAGUGGAUGGAUGAAGUAGAUGAUGAUCACGACAAGUCUCUUAACCUGGCAGAGUGUGCCAAACUCGUCCAGAGAGUCUCUGAUUCUAUUCAGAGGCCUCCACAAUAAAGAGGUCAUGACACCGAUUGAAGUAACUGAAGUAUAUGAAGCACAUGGACGAGUAUGAAGAAAUAUAUAAUAUCUCACAAACACUUAGUAUGUAGGUCUGUAGCUUAAUCUCAUGUAACAAUGUUUCAAUCAUAAUCUAAACAAAGCUAUGUAGCGUUUUAGAAAUUACUUUAAAACAAGAAAUUUUGACUCUUAGUCAUAAUAAAAUUUUUAUCAAAAAUA